AUGUGCUCUCAUCUGUGUCCAGUCAUUGACGAGAGUGACUUUACCACACGAUACAAAUUGCACCAACAUGGUGAUUUGUCUGCCAGAAUUGAGAUGAUACAGCUCCAGGCUAUGAUGUUCACAGCCAUCGCAUAUGCGACGGAGUUCCAGUUAAGGCAGAUGCCGUUCUCAACGGUGUUGGAGGGCCAGACCGCUCUCCUUGAGAAUGUCAAGCAUCUCUACAAUCACGAUCAUUCUGUCGGCCACGUCACUCGAGCCACAGUAUGUCUGUUAUUGACGUUUUGGAGUCCCUACAAUUCCGACCCAUGUGUCAAUAGCUUCUGGCUCGAUCGGGCUUUUUUCCAUGCCCGAGAAGCCAGGCUCUGGGACCCCCUGACCGACAGUGCAACUCCGUCUUCUCAGCGCAAGGUGAUAUGGUGGUGCUGCUUGGUUAGAGAUCGGAUCAUUGGUAUGGGCCUUCGCAGGCCUCAUCGGCUUCAUACGACUGCACACGAACGCACGUGGCCAAUGGUGACCAUGGCUGAUUUUGGCAGCGAAGUCAUUUGUUCCCAAUACAUGGACCGAAGAUCGAAACAAUUGAGGAUGAGCUCCUUCAUCUGGCUCUGUCACUUGAGCAUUCAGAUCGUGUCUAUCAUCGAAUUUCAGCGAGAGGCGAUGUUUUCAAGAACAUGGCGGACGGGACGUGAGAAUGUCAGCUCUGUAACAAAAAGGAUCGAAAUUGUACUUGACAUCAAGCAUCGACUGGAUGUUCUAGAAUUGCAAUUCGAACUCGAUGGCAACUUAACGCUGCGCGGUGGAGACCCUCAGGUCGAUGUGGUGGCGGUCAAAACGCUGCAGGUGAUGAUCCAAUCGUUGAUUAUAAUGCUAUACCGACCGUUUGUUUCCAUUCACCCACACGACUGUCCAGAAGAAAUUACGUUCCGCUCAAGGUCGGUCCAGAAAAUAGAGCUAGCAGCGGCAAAAGUGGGCGGAAUAUUUCAUACUCUGCUCACACAGAUAUCGAUUGAAGCCAUCCCUCUCGCCAUUGUUGCAUGGAUACACUUUCCUGUUGCAGUCUGCUUGUUCCACAGCUCCGUCGCCAAGGAUCAGAUGCCCCAGCUAGGUGCGCAUCAACGGUCCAGCAUAGUGACCGGUUUUCGGGCUUUAGCAGAGCGACACUCCGGCGCGGCAGCCACUGUCACUGCGAUAUGGACGACAUUAGAGAACCUUCUCGGACGUGAAAGAAGGCAUUCACAAGGGCAUAGCAGUGAUGCAGGCGUCGAUGGCUCACAGCUGACGGUAGAGAAAGAUGCAUCAAGGCUGCAUGCUAUAGGAACAGUAGUCGACCGGAUCCUUGCGUUUGAUCAACGAGAGAUAUUCCUGCGAGAAUAA